GGGGGGAAGGAAGAAGCGUCAAAGCCACAGAUGCAACGCAACGCCACCCUUCGGCCUGAAAAGCAGAAGUCCGUCUGAUUUGCCCGACAGCUCCUCUGCCCCAGCCCGCGCUUGUGACUAGCAAGCGGUGGCGGCAAAAAGCAACUGUAGUCAGGGUGGAAGCGGCGGCGGCGGCGGCGGAGGAGGAGGAGGAGGAGGACGGCUGAGCCCUCCCCUCCUCGCCUUCGCCUGGGCGAAGAAUGCUGGAGGCGCCUGUGGCCGCCCUGCGCGGAGCUUGAAGGCAGCGCCUUGUGCCGUCGACGCCCAGCUCGACCAUGGUGGCUCCCUUUUCCUGACGGCGAGCGGCUUUGGAGAAGGACGGAGGAUUUCCGCCGUCCCCUCGCAGCGGGCUGGUAUGCGCGGGCAGCGGCGGGAUGGCCUCGGCUGUGUUUGAGGGCACCUCGCUGGUGAACAUGUACGUGCGGGGCUGCUGGGUGAACGGCAUCCGGAGGCUGAUCGUCAACCGACGCGGGGACGAGGAGGAGUUCUUUGAGAUCCGCGCCGAGUGGUCGGACCGGAACGUCCUUUACUUGCACCGCAGCUACUCGGACUUGGGCCGCCUCUUCAAGCGCCUGCUGGACUCCUUCCCGGAGGAUCGCCCGGAGCUGUCACAGUCCCCCUUCCUCCAAGGCUUAAUUACAAUUAAAGAGUCUCAUGAUAUAGAAGCCAGGCUGAAUGAGGUAGAGAAACUCCUCAAGAAUAUUAUAAAUAUGCCUUGGAAGUAUUCCAGAUCCGAAGUUGUCCUCACCUUUUUCGAAAGGUCUCCUUUAGAUCAAGUAUUAAAAAAUGACAACGUCCAUAAAAUACAACCAAGCUUCCAGAGUCCAGUUAAAAUAUCUGAAAUCAUGCGUUCUAAUGGAUUUUGUUUAGCUAAUACCGAAACGAUAGUUAUUGAUCACAGUAUACCAAACGGCAAAGAAAGGCACUUGGAUGCUGAUUCAGCAGAACACUUGUUCGAAAAUGUUAGUGAAUUUACCUCCGAGUUGCAGGACACUGAUGAUCCAACAGCUUAUGUCACCAACUUGUCAUACUAUCAUCUGGUUCCAUUUGAAACGGAUAUUUUGGACUAAGACUGUCAAGCAGACUUCCUGGCUGACAUCAGGCAACUGCCCCAUAGCUUUGCACUGAUUAUGCCUACUACAAGUUUAGGAUGCAAGACCGAAAAGGAUUCCUACAAAUGUAAACCUUGAAGCUGAUUCUUCACAGUGGCUCCCUGGGCCAACUUGCAAGAAUGCUUUUCUCCUCUAAUGGACAAAGGUUUUUUUUUUUGAAUAUGGCCAAAAAGAAUAAAACAAGGACAUCAAGUGCUAAGUUGGUUCAAAGAAUAAGUGAUGCAGUGUUUUUCACACACUGAUAAAACUUUGAUGAUACCAAAAAGGAAACAAAACAUCAGCGUUACCAAUAUUUACAGUGCUACUUGCAAAGAAACUUCAUGUUCCUUCUCUAUCAAGCUGUCUCUAAUCCCACCCAACAUUUUGAACCUUUUUUUAAUUGAAAGAUUCAUUAUGAUCAGACACUAGAGGAUUUUUUUUUUUUCAUUUCUCAUGACAGCUUGCAAGAAACAUCCAAUAGUUAGUUUACAGGGAGUAUUCCAGAGUAAGUGAAGCCUUAUGUAAUGUGUGCCUACAAGAAAUAAGCUCAUGAAUUGACUGCUUAGUUUAGCUUAAUUUGAAACCAAGGAUUUUAAUCCUCUGAGCAACUAUCAUUUUCUCCUGAAAUAAAUAAUAAUAAUGAAACAAAAGAGCAAAUAAGCAAAUUGUAGCUUAAAGAGAAAGGGAAGUGCUGAUGAGUUUUAAAUGGUCUAUCUAAACUUUUGGUUCCCCCCACCCCCAAGAAUUCUCCACGAUUUUUUUUUUUUUUUUUUUGGUUCCACAAUAGGAACACUUCGCAAUUCUCAGUAUUAAUGUUUACACAGGUGGGGUACGUUUCUUCCUGUCACUUAACUUUCCAUGGACUAGAACAAGUAACUUGCCAAAAGUACGAUUUCCACAGUGAGUAAUUUUCAGCACUCCCCCCUUAAAUAUAAAUAACAACAAAGGAACACGGAGUGGAGUUCAGUUUGGUGGAGUGGAUUCAUGUUACCGAAUAGUUUUAAUGUUAUGAAUUACGUGCCACAAAAAUAUUGCUUUCUUUGGCACAUCGCUGAGCAUGCGCAGUAUGCGCUUCAACCCAGAGAAAAAUCUGAUCUUGCAUUAGGUGAUUUUACAAUGGCAAAACCCGAGUAUUUGUGAAAGGAGAGAAUAUCUUCUUUCACUAAUAAUAGGAAUGCAAGCUGUUGUUCAUACCACUCACUCAGCAAUAAGCUUACAGUAUUACAGUUAUCAUUAUUUAAAAGUUACCCCACUGUUCUGCUUAAGCACCAACCUUCCUCCCCAGCUUAUCUUGUGUGAUAAGAUAAAGGUAAAGUCGUUGCUCAACUCUGUUUCAAGGCCAUUGAGCCAAUACUGUCCAAAGACAGUAUCUGCGGUCAUGUACAGUAGACAUCAUGUAGUGCUAAGCAGUUAAGACACUGGGCUUGUCAGCUGGAAACAAAUGCUGUAUGACAGGGUGGGCGCCUGUUCUUGCCCCAGCUCCUAGUAGUCUGAAAGCAUGCAAAUGUGAGUAGAUAAAUAGGUAUCGCUUCAGUGGGAAACUAACAGCAUCUUGUGUGAUAAUUGAACAAGAACUCCUUUUCCUAUAAUAAUAGCAUAGGUCAGGGUGUCAAACUCAAUUUCAUUGAGGGUCGCAUCAGCAUUGCAGUUGCCCUCAGGGGGCUGGGUGGGUAUGCCCUGGGUGGGUGCGGCCUACUGGAUGGGUGUGGAUGGAGUG